AUGGCGCCUCCCUGCAAGUCGGAAUGCAACGCAUGGCUCUUCGCAAUGAUGGCCACGACUGCGAACCGCUGGGCUGCCAUGACGCCUCUUCGCACUGGCUUCAGCAGAAGCUGGACAGAAAAACAAGAUGAGUGCGCCAGGCAAGGGAAGCAGAGCGAGGCGAAGGAGCAAAGAGGGGAGGUCAGGAAGGGGAGGAACGACGAGAUCGGGGUACGCGAAGCUAUCCGCACGUACGCUCUGCUUCGAGUGCCGCGGCCGAGGCACAGCCUAACCGCUGCCAUCUGCGUGCAGGUAUGGAGGCAGCUACAAGCAUGUUUCCUCCUCCUCCUCAUCAUCAUCAGCAGCAAGACAUCAUACACGUUCCGCCCAUGA